AUGGUAAGUGAAUGUUUAUACAUACUGAUGUUCAGGGUAAUUUAUUUGAUGUGGAAAAGACUAUUUUCUGUAAAGAGAAUGGAAAUGCAACUGGGAAACUAGGUUUUAUUAUCCAGUCUUAAUAUGGAAAGACAACCAAUGAUAUUUUAAAAAAUACAAUGGUACCUCUAGUUACGGACUCAGUCUAUUCCAGGGUGCCAUUUACGGGGUGCCUGAAAAGUCCGUAACUAGAGCAGUGUUUCUAAGUGCGCGGCGCAAUAGAAGACUUCUGCACAUGCGCAAAGCUCGCAGAACGCUUCUGCAUGUGCACACAUGGUGAAACCCGGAAGUAUACACUUCUGGGUUUGCUGUGUUCACAAGCGGAAAAGACGCAACAUGAACCUAAUGCAACACGAGGUAUGACAGCAGUUUACUGCUGUAAACUGAACCAAAAGGAAAUGCCAGAAUUCCUAGCAUUUGAAGGUUAUGUGGAAGACUAUGUGGAAGACUAAGGCUAUGUGGUGUUUAACUAAUGACAUCUCCACAUUCAUGUGCCUUCUGAUUCAUAUCAAAUAUUUUGCAGUAUGAUUCUCACACCCACCCCAUACUAUGCUUCUUAAUUGCUAUCUUGGUUCAAUUCCAAGAAGCACUGCCAUAGUGUAGGAGGCCAGGAAUGAGAAUUAGGUAUUUCAUGUACUGUAUUUGAUACUACUGCCUGCCUUGGUUUACAAGUGCUUUGCUGGGUUUUACAAGCCCAAAGACUUUUGCAACACAAGAGGAGGGUUCCUCCAUCAUACAAUACAAUAAAAAAUAAAUUAAAUAUAAAAAAGUAAAGAACAAAGAAAAUAAAAAGUCCUCCCUUCUCACGGGUGAAUCUUAACUCUUAUCCCACUCAGAACUCUCCCAGCUCUCAGCUGGGAGCUUCCCUUUUUUCUUCCAGCUUCCCAGUCUGAGAUAUCUUCCCUUCCCUGCCUCUCACACAUGGUCCUUUACCUUCAUGUGUGUACAAUCCCCUCAAUGACCCAAAGUAGAGGACACCAAAACAAGGAAAAAAGAAGAAAAAGAAGCAGGAAAAUAAAAAUACUAAAAUAAAUAAAUAAAUAAAUAAAUAAAUAAAUAAAUAAAUAUUUAUACCCCGCCCAUCUGGCUGGGUUUCUCCAGCCACUCUGGGUGGCUUCCAACAAAACACUAAAAUACAAUAACCUAUUAAACAUUAAAAGCUUCCCUUAUCAGGGCUGCCUUCAGAGGUCUUCUAAAAGUUUGGUAGUUAUUUCUCUCUUUGACAUCUGGUGGGAGGACGUUCCACAGGGCAGGUGCCACUACCGAGAAGGCCCUCUGCCUGGUUCCCUGUAACUUGGCUUCUCACAGCAAGGGAACCGCCAGAAGGCCCUCAGCACUGGACCUCUGUGUCCGGGCAGAAUGAUUCUUCUUAAAGAAGAAAAAGGGAAAGAGGGAGAAAUAAAAAGGGCUUCCAAUUCUCUGUCAGUUAUAUACAUAUAAAGGUUAUUCAAAGUAUUCAUUGCAGAAUGAAAUGCAGCUGUUCCUCGUUCUGCUAGGUGAUAUUUUCCCAGUUUCCAGAUCCAGACAUCUCAAGUUUGUUCAUUUCCCCUUUCAAACAAAAAGUCUUAAAGGGCUUCUCCAAUUAUUAUUCUUAAGUGUCAAAAAGUCUUCCCCAGUCCAGCAUAACAACUAUACCUCCAAAAACUUCAAGAACCAUUCCUCCAUGUUGAAAAAUAAUAUAUCCUUCAUCUUUAGUCACAUAGAAGUCUCUCUGCUGUGGUCUUUUAUUAAAACAGUGAUCCAUAGCUAUUUAUUAUUGUAUAUUCAUUAAUUCACACUCAGUUCCUUACCUUCCAAUCCCAUUUCCUGUUGGCUGUGAUCUCUCAUCUGGAUUGUUUUUGUUUUUUAACUCCUUCCAUUUCCGCUUCUUUCAUUCUUUUUUCAGGAAUGUUGCCAGAGGCUUGGUAGCUUUUCCCUCUAAAUUCACUCCAAAUUGAGCACACAAUCCUUUCUCUCUCAGCUCUUUCUCUACCAGCUCAGAAUAUUUCUUAAUCUCUUCAUCCAUGGUUUCAUUCCACUCCUCUAAAAUCCUAACUCCACUGCUUGAUUGUUUCACUCCUCUAGGCACCUAUGUGAAGGUCCUCUCCAUUUCACCAUCUAUUGCCUCUAGCUUUAGGGUUCCACUCUCCUGUUCUGGCAGUCCUUUAUCAAUAUUAUUCUCCAAAGGAUCUGUGUCUUCUUUAACCUCAUCUUUUCUGGUCCAUUUUCAUUCAUCAUCUUGUCCAGUAAUUGCCGCAUGAUGCAAACAGUCCAACAGUGCUUUUGUUGUACUAAGUAUUCUUGGUAUUAUUAACAACUCACUCGCCACCUUAGGGGCUUACAGUCUCCGCCUUAAAAGCUCAAGUCUCCCAUCGAGACAGGCUUUGUUUUUGUGUGUCACAUAUCUAAGCCCCAAAGCAUCCCAGUUAUGUUUGCUACAGAGAAGAGAAUAAACAGCACCCACAGUAUUUCAUGUCUAGCUGGAAAGGAUAUAAGCUCAUGGGGAAAGGGGACCUUGUACUGUGCUGAUAUUGGCUGCACUGUUAAGUAACUUGUUUCAGCAAAUGAGUGGUUCUGGAAUAGUAAAACUGCCACAGCAUAGAUGUAUAACAUCUAUUGCAUAACAUGUAUAUUUAACAUUGUAUAACAUGUAUAUUUAAAUUUAUUGCAGAUUCCUAUAGUUUGGAUUGGUGCUUUCCUCCUCCUUGGCACAGCAGGUGAGGCAAUACUUUACACAUUAUGUAUUUCAAGAGAACAAUUUCAUGAUUAGACAAAGUAAGCUAAAGCCUCUCCCAGUUUGCCACCAAAUGGCAUCAACAUCCUUUUGACUGGCAGAGAACCAAAGACUGAAACAUUCUAGAAACUCACUGUGCAAUUUGUGGCAUGACAAUGUGACAUUUAGGGGAUGUGCCGCAGCUCAGUGGUAGAACAUCUGCUUUUCAUGUGGAAGUUUCCAGAUUCAAUCCACAAAGUUGCUAAAGCAGGACUGGAAAAGAUUCCAUUCCUGAAAACCUGGAGAGCCACUGCCAGUCAGUGUAGUAAACUAGAUGGACUAGUCGCAGUACUUCCGAGAUGUUUGACUGAAAUUUAGUGACAACCAGGCUCUUUUGUUACAGUUCUGAGUGGACAACCUUUAUUCCAGGAUAGUAAACAUAUGGAGGAAGAAUAGGCUUUUAUUGUCAACCUCUACACAUUUAUUAGGUUUCUGCAUAGAACCUAUGCAUGUACACAUUUACAGCAUCCAACCAGAGACAUCCGUAAAAUGAUCUGUGGACACACAUUUAAACAUAUGCAUUCUUACAAGAGCAAUGGGUCAAAUGCAGACUAUGAUACUAAAGUAAUGUCUAGCCUAUCCCAUUGAUUUUAAUGGGAAUUAAGAUAUGGUUAACUUAUUUAUAAUUUAUUUCAAUUCAACAGUUUCUAUAUUGCUUAAUUACAAUUGUCUUUAAGUGGCUCACAAGAAACUCAGUGCAUAAAACUGUUGAUUAUGAUUGGUUUUGGUUAAUAAAAGAAAAAUUUCCUGAAUUCCUGUCUGGUAAGAGAGCUACAGCAGAGAUUUAAAAUCACAAAACUUCCAGCAAAGUAAAGCAUGGGAAUGUAGGCAACUAGACUUUUAAAAUAUCCCUUUUUAAGUUACUUACAAGGUUCCCCCUGUAUUCCCCUUUAGCACAGAAAAGACCAUGCAGAUUGGAAAGUUUAAAAAUGUUUUUUACUUACAAACACUUUCAAAGGUCAGAUUCAUGUGCUUUUCCAUACAGCAGCAAGAGAAGAGAGGCAGUAAAGCUUAGCUUCAAAAUUGGUGAUAAAAUGGUUCUAAACAUGUGGUCUGGGCUUGGAGUGAUUAGCCCAGACAUCUUCUCUGGUCAGAUUCACAUGGUGAAAGGGAGUGAAUAGAGAAACUUGACUUCCUUUGUUCCAAGUUAAGCGUGCGUGACCUAGUUAAGUCUAGCAGAAUAGCUUGAUCUAUGGUCUUAACCCCUUCAUGCAUUAACUAGAGCUAAGCAUGUUGGAUAUAUGAAGCUAAUUUAUACCACUAAAAUUUAGACAGUAGUCCUAACCACAUUUACCUGUAAGUGUAGAUCAAACUCACUAUAAUAAUAUGAGACAUUUGUAAUAGGUGAUGCUAUAGGUGAUGCUAUGUCUGGUGAAUGCCAUGUACUUAACAGUUUGCCUUGCAUGCUCUCUAGCCAAUGAAGUCUGCUAUAAAGAUCUAGGUUGCUUUUCUGAUAAGCCCCCUUGGUCAGGAAUACCUGGGAGAAAGUUGUUUGGCUUACCAGCAUCUCCUGAAAGCAUGAAUAUAUCUUUUUUGCUUUUCACUAGAGAGACUGGGAAUCUUUCACAGGUGAGACAACCUUUUUUAAUUGUUUAUUUAAGAACAGUUGGCAAUAUCUGUGUAUGCCUGUAUGUGCUAGGCUUGAUCCUGUCUAAUCAGACAAUGGCAUUUGCUAAGACAGAGGUUCUCAGCCUCCUUUUCUCACCAUUUGUAUAACAUCAACCAUCUGACAGGGUUGCCAUGCCUGUGAAUGACAGAAACUAUGAAGCUCUUUCCACAUUGAAAAUGGUAUCUCAGGCAUAGGCAAACUCGACCCUCCAGAUGUUUUGGGACUACAAUUCCCAUCAUCACUGACCACUGGUCCUGUUAGCUAGGGAUUAUGGGAGUUGUAGUCCCAAAACAUCUGGAGGGCUGAGUUUGCCUAUGCCUGUGGUAUAUAAUUGCUAAUGAGGGAUGGGAGAGAAAGUCAGUUCAGUUCUCAUUUGAAAGCUAACUCACCUGUCACGCUUUCCAAAACAAAUCACAAACUGAAAUGCAACCGUACUUUGAAAUUCACACUCCUCUGAAUUUUGCAAUGCAGUUCUCCAGCCAAGAAUGUGCACAGAAGUGCAUCUACUCAUGUAAAGUGUGCACAUAAUUGCAUAUAUUACUGAAAAUAACAUAGAAAAUGCAUCAUAACAGAAGAAAAUGCUUUGGAAAAAUGUGUACUUUGGGCAAAUUGCAUACAAAAAUGUGCCUAUUGGGAGAAAUUGGCAGUAAAAUGCUGAAGAAGUGUCAGGGAACUGACAUCGGAGCUAGAGGUGGAGGGGAGGCUCUCUAAUGAUGCUGGAGAAGGGCCCAGCAGGGAGAGAGGCAGCUCAGCAGAUGGGGAAGCAAUUCAGUGCAACACCAGGAAUAAGGAGGGCAGAUGGGGAAUCGGAGAGAGGGCUCCCAGACUCUUCACCAGACAUCAGCGGGGAGAGCACUGGUCCUCCGCUACCCACGCCCUCCCUGCGCAGAAGACUUCCGCGCAGAGAAAGUAGGAGGAGACUGGGUGUCAAACAACUUUUAUGUUGGAAAAGGUUUAAGAAACGCCCACUGACAGAUUCUGCUAGCAACUGAGGCAGCCACGAAUUGAAGGGCUGUCCAGACAGAAAGGUUUAACAAGGCAACCUAGCCAGGAGAGGCGGCAACUUACGCACGAGCAACCCCAUACCAUUAUAAGAAGUUUCAUGAUAACUUUUUUAUAUUAAAAAAAUAGCUUGCAAAUGUGGAAAUAUGGAGAGCUGAAGAUUGGGAAAAAGAGAAACUGAGAGAAACUGAUACAGACAUAUUCACUCAUCCUGAUGGAUAACUAAUUCAUUACAGUGGUAGCUUGGGUUAAGAACUUAAUUCGUUCUGGAGGUCUGUUUUUAACCUGAAACUGUUCUUAACCUGAGGUACCACUUUAGCUAAUGGGGCCUCCCACUCCUGCUGCACCACCGCCGCACGAUUUCUGUUCUCAUCCUGAAGCAAAGUUCUUAACCCGAGGUACUAUUUCUGGGUUAGUGGAGUCUGUAACCUGAAGUGUAUGUAACCUGAAGCGUCUGUAACCCGAGGUACCACUGUAUAGGAAUUGAGAUAUAUAUGCUUGUAAAGCAGGCUAGAGAUGAGCUAGCAUUGAAAUCUGUAUUGUCAAGGAACAUAUGAGUCACUUGAGGAUUUGGAAAACCUCAGAUUCUAGGAUCUUUUCACAAGACAUUAGUGCCAACAGUUGAAAAAUCAAGCACAAUUCUAGCCAGUAGAACUUUAUGAGGAUGUUGGUACCUGAGAAUAAGUGAGAAAACAUUCUUUGCUUUGAAGAUCCUUAAAAUAAAUUAAUUUUAUAUUUUUAAUUCCCAACAGAAACUGUUAUACACCGAAAAAUCAACUGUUCAAAAUUCUUAUUUCUCUCCAUUGAGGAAAACUCGCUUUGUUAUCCAUGGAUUUACCAGUACUGGAAAAUAUGGCUGGGUUGUGGAGAUGUGCUUGGUAUGAGAUUUAUCUUGACUAGUUUCCUUCUUCAGUUACAGAAUCUAGGACAUGGGGAACAGGGGAACAUUAUGCAAACACACAGGCUCACAAUAAUAACAAUGGGAAUCAGUAGGUCAUUUUGCCUUCUUCAAACUCGGGGGAUGCAUUGGUUUGCAAGAGUCUUUGGUGUCUUGCUCUAAAAUCACACCUUACUGUACAGUUGCUGUCUACUUGUUGUGCACUGUGACCUGGAUUGUGGAAGGUGGGCAGAAGGCUAGCCCUGCUUCUGGGUAUGAGAUUGGACUACCUAGUUUUUGAAUCCUUUGAAACUGGUGAUCAAGUACAUUUGAAAGAACCUCCAGUGUUUCUGAUUGCAUUAGCAACCUCUAACAUAUUACUUUUUCUGAAACAUACAUGUGAUAUAGCUGCUGGUGAAGGUGGAGAACGUAAACUGCAUUGCUGUAGAUUGGGAAGAUGGUGCCAAAUGUACCUACUUCACAGCCGCAAGCAACAUUCGUGUUUUAGGGGCUGUAACAGCUUAUCUUAUCAACACUUUAGCGGUAAGUAUGAUGUUACGUUUCAGAGCCAGAUACUAUAUCCUACCAAAUCAGCUCUUUUUAAAAAAUAUAUUUUAUGUUUUUCUCCAUAGGUAUAGAAAAUAAAAAUGCAUAUAAUAGAAACAUUAUACAUGCAAGAAGAUUCUAAGCAGAUAGCAGACCCAAGUAUAUUCAAAUAAAAUCCCAAAUCUGUUUUGUUACUGUAGCACCAACUUCUCCAUAUGAAUUCAGCCAGGUCAAAUGCAGGUGCACCUCAUCUUACGUAAGAGUUCAGUUCCAGGGAUUAUGCAUAGAUGUGGAAAUUGCAUCUUGCCAAACCCUUGGAUCCACCCCACAAAGCCUGCCUUCUAUAAGGGGGGAGGGAAAGAGAGGACCCUCAGCAUUCCCACAGCCAGUGCGCUAAGUGGGCAUUGCCCCACAAGCAAGGCUAAGAGCUUCAGAGCUCUUUUCACACAAGGACCGCUUGGAGUUACCCACUGUGAAAAGUGCUUUGAAGCUCUUGGCCUUGUCUCUUGGGGAAGGCCUGCUCACUGUGCUUACUCUAGAAGUGUUAGGGAUACUCUUGCAAGAUCUUGCAGGAAGUCGAAUUGUUCCAUGGAGUCUCAAGAGAACAACCCUACCAGUCUACCUUCAACUGUGUAUAGCCGAAAUUGUGCAAGUCAAAUGUACUUGAGAUGAGGUAUUACUGCAUGUUGUAAAUGGAUACCAACUUUGUAUGUAACGUCCUAGAUUUCAUUCCGUUCCCACUUUAUACCCUUUUAUGUAAUUUUUGCAUUCAUUUUUUCUCAUUCUGUUUUUAUUGCACUGCCAACAAGUUGCACAUACUGUACAGUUUUAUUCAUCUUUUGAAGCAAGGGCGGUAUGUCUCGUUUCACUGCUUGAGGCAAAACAGGAAGUGCCCCCCACCUUGCUUCUGCUGCCCCCGCCGAAGAAUCCUUAACUUAUCCAGUUCACUCAAUGCAGCCAGUGUCAAUAUAAGCCCUGAGUCCAUGUCAAUUGCAUUACAGUGCUUGUGCAAAACUCUCUGCUGCAUAAUGUAAUAAUGAUGUCUCCUUUACUAAUCAUUUAAGCUUAUAUAUUCCCCACCCCCAUUCUUGAAUCACUAGAAAGCGUAUCACUAUUCUCCAUCCAAGAUCCACCUCAUUGGUCAUAGUAUUGGUGCUCACACUGCUGGAGAAGUAGGAAGACGACUUCGAGGCAUUAGCAGACAAUUUUCAGGCAUUGGCAGAAUAACUGGUAUGAAUUCCUAUAAAACUGCAUUUUAAUCUGUGUUGUGUAUACACCAUACAUUUAAAGCACAUUUCCCCCAAAGAAUCCUGGGAACUGUAGUUCAAUCCCACAGAGCUACAGUUCCAAGCACCCAUAGCAAAGUACAGAUCCCAGGAUUCUGUUUGGGGGACAAGGGAUGUGCUUUAAAUGGAUGGUGUGAAUGCCACAUGAGAAAGUUUGAUUGGUGAAAGAUAGUCAGUGGGAAAAUGUGGGAUCUCAUCUGAUUGAUAAAGGCAAACCAGAUGCUUACCUAUGGCCAAGCUCAUUCAGAUGCAACAUCACUAGGAAAUGCUGGAAGUAUAAGGACCAUUGAUAAAAAUGCACAGUAACACAAUUGCAAGGCAAAGCUUUACAUCAUAUCAGUAUAGCUGACUGAAAAAGAUGUCCUACAUUCUGCAUUUCAUCUUUCUCACCACAUUCCAGCCAUGUAGAAGAUUGGCAAAAGAAGGUGGGAGUGAAAAGAAAGGAGCUAGCAGGGAGUAGAUGUGCUUUAUCCUGAUUUUUAGGACAAAAGAUACUGGGUGGGCAAGGAGGUUUCUAUAGUUUCAUGUGAUAGCAGACCAUCAUUUUGAGCCUUAUUUACUGUGUCAGCAUAAAGGCCUGGUGUAGAUGUUACUGUUGAAGAAAUUUAAAAGGGGUUCCUAGACCGGAGGUAGCACUUCCAGAAACCCAAAGAAAAGGGUGCAGGCUGCAUGUAAAAAUAUAGGCCUUCAUUGAAAUAAAAAUGUUCACAGGGACAGCCCAAAAAAUAAAGAGGCUAUGAAGUGACAUACAGGAGCAUGAACUCUUAUACACUUCUAUGCUAGCCUGUGAUUACAAACAACCAAUCAAAGGAUUAGAACAACUUUCCCAUAGCAAUUACAAUCCAUAGUCAUCAUUUGAAAUCAAUCAGAGAUCCUUAGCUAACCUACCCCAACCUUCUCAUUAUAAUAAUAUGUCAUUAAACAUUGCCAUCCUUCAAGAACUAAUUUAAUUAAUUUUCGAUUAAUUAAACUAUUCCUUACCUUUCUACAAACAACUGUUAUUAAUAAUUUAUUAUUAAUAUAUCCUUUCUCUAUGUUAACUUAAAAUUAAAUGAUACUGUUCCACCUAGCUAGUCUCCUUUCAUGUAUUCUCAAUUUCUAUCCUUUCAUAUUCGAAUACAGAAUUUUCUUAAUCUCCACUUAAAACAAUCUGGUUUUUUUUCUACUAGGAGGAGUUGGUGAGGGUUCAUAUAUGGAUUGCUGAAGAGCACUGCUAAUAUGUCCGCUCACCUUUUCCAGUAGGUGGGGUUGCAGCCAGGCAUCCAGGCUGCUGCAGUGAUCUGGCGGGGGGCAGAGAUUGACACCCCCUUCGUGCCAUCCCAACCACGUCAUGGGCACUGGGUGGGGCCACACCCAGGGGUGGCCCUGCUGUCCAGUCAGCACUGGUAGGGGCGUGGCCGUGGGAAACAUAAACCACAGUGCAGCCAGGGGCCUCUCCUCUCUCGCCCUUUGCCGAAUCUCCCUACCCACCCUCUUUUUUAUGCUUUGCAAUGACACAACCCUGCUAUGGACAAAUGUUGUCUGCAAUACUGUUGGGAUUGGGUAGGAAUUUUUUCCACUUGGCAAAUUGGCACCAGCCAUUUGGUUUUCGCCUACCUUGUAGCAAUCGUCACAACUUUGUGAGCUUAGGCAUUGGGUAAGCCUUUGUUUGGAUGGAGGGGAGGUUGUAGCCUCUACCUGCCCCUCCUCAUUAAGGGUAUCCGGGGGUGCGGAUUCUUUCUGAUGCCUGGAUGUGGGCUAGGGCCAUGCCAUGACCCCAAUGGGGACCCCUCAGGGUGUCCAUAUUUGAUGUAAGUCAAAGCUCCCCCUAUUGGUGGUUUACCCUUAGAUGGACUCCCGGCAGGAGUAGAGAUAUAGUCUGGCUAUACCCAAUGCCUAAGCCAAACCACUCACAUCUGUAACCAAUAAAGUUGUGGCCUAUUUGAACCCAUAAACCUAAAUACUUAUGUCCAUGUGUUUAUUAACCACUAGGGAAGUGUGGGUCACGGAGCCUUGGCACACAGCAAAUAUGGAGCUCUAACAAACCAGAUAGAGUCCUAACACAGAGAUAAAGGGAGACAGAAAAAUCUCCUUCAUUACCAUUCCUAAUCAGGAUGCAGAAGUGUCUCCCAAGUUUGGGAUCUCAAAUGUUGUUGGACUACAACCUCCAUCAGCUCCAAGCAGCAAGGCUAAUGGUCAGGGAUUUGAUGGGUUGUAUUCUUGGACCCAGAAAAAAACAAAACAGGUUUGCUAAUUCCUAACUGGAUUAUUUUAUGUUUUUUUAGGCUUGGAUCCAGCUGGGAUAGGUUUUGAAGGUUUCCCUGAUAUGGUCAGGCUGGAUCCUUCCGAUGCUCAAUUUGUGGAUGUCAUACAUACCAAUGCUGGAAAGUUUCCCACAAUAGGUAACUGCCAAACACAUGAAUUUUGUGCUAAAAGUUGAAGCAUGGACCAAACCAUUUAUUGCCCUAUGAAUCUGUUUCAGGAUUUGGUAUGUUCAAUGCCACUGGUGAUCUUGACUUUUACCCCAAUGGUGGAAGAGUUAUGCCAGGAUGUGAUGAUAAGAAUACAACACUAGUUGAAACUGACUUUGAUACAGGUAAGCCUGUCUGCAUUGUUUAUAGCAGGGGUUGCAAAACAUUUUGGACCAGUGGGCAUAGUUCAAGUUUUGAAAGUGUGCUGGGGACACCAGUCACAAGUAUGGCUGCUAUGGGGAGAGUGCCAUAUCAUAAAAUUAGAGAGACAACCAUCCUGACAACUUUAUGUUUACCUUGGGAAGUCAGCUAUGUCCUACUGGUUCUAACUGUGGAGAUCACAUAAUAAUGAUUACACACAGAGGUAACAACAACACCAGGAAGGUGGUCACAUCCCACACAUUCUGAUUUCACAGAAAUCGCUUAGAAAGUACUUGCACAUUUUGCACCAUAACUUUUUUCUAGGAGGGCUAGAGAUUUGAAAGAAAGAAAGAAAGAAAGGUCAGAGUCCAAGGCAAAGGAACCAAUGAAGGUGUUUGUGGGUACCGUGUGGCCUGGUGAGCCCUGGUUUAUAGCAUAUACAUGCAGAGUCUGCUUAUAUAGCAAGCUUAAACCAGAAAGGGGGCAACUUGCUCCAUUCCACGUGUGGCUUCUAAUGUAUAUUUGUAAUUUACUUUGCUUGUGCUAUCUCUGCCAUACUCUGUGGUUUAUAGGACUUGAGCUCUAGGAUGGUGCUGUAGCAUGCAAAAUAUGCAGGUGCUAUUCUUACAUAGAGCCUUGAAUUUAGUAGACAAGAUUUGAUAGAUAGAGCACAAAGACCAUCCACCACACUUAAAUGUUGCAUCCAUAUUUGUCCUGAAUUGCAUAAGUUGGUGUUUGUUGUACCAUAAGUAAUGUUGGAUGGGGUUGUAAAGCUCUUCACUGAGGCUUGCAGCUUUUCUUUUUUCUUUUUGGCAGAAAUGGAGGGUGUUGGAAACUGUCACCACUCAAGAAGCCAUGAGUACUAUAGGUACAGCAUUCUCUUUCCUGGAGGAUUUGUUGCUUACCCAUGUGAAUCAUAUGAAUCCUUCCAAGAGGUAAGCAUGGUGGUCUAGUUUGAUUAGAUUAUAUCAGCAUAGCAGGGCCAAUACCAGACUUGGCAAGGGACACAGGACUUGGCACAGUGCCAAUGAGGGGCCUUCCACCCCCACUCUGCAACUAGGGCAGGGCCUAGCAUGUACUACAGAUCUAUGAAAUCAAUAAAUAUUCUGCAUCUAAAUUUUAUUCCAUAGAAGAAUUGCAUUUUCAGAGCUUUACUAGCAGAACUCAAGUUUCAAAUGUUAAUCUUACAAAACUUCUUUCUCACAGACUGACUGAGCCCAGUGUGAGACUUGAGAACAGAUUUUACUAAAAUGUAGUUAGGAAUACAAAACACUCUAUCUCUCUUUCUCCUUCCUGCUACAUGCUGAGCUAAUGCCCGGAGAGAGAGAGAGACUACACAUAGUUUUUGCACACGCAAGCAAUUUCAUUAGCAUAUAUAAACAUUUGUAAUAGUAUUCAAACCUUGUGAUUCAGUCACAACCUCAAGCUGCCUCACCUUGAGUGGAAAAAACACCAGUUCCAUGGAAAAAUACUGGCCAUGUGCUUAAACAUUCUUUACAGUAACUUGAAUACAAUGCAUUUAAAAUAUCCAACAUUUUAUGUAAUAUUAAACAUAAACUUGCACAGACUCCGUACACAUCAAGGGUUAGGCACAAAGACUUUCAGAGCAGAAUGUGAGUGUCAGGCAGCCUUGAAUACCAAGACCUCUCACUGUAGAAAUUAAGGGCAAUUCAACUACCACAUCCCAUCAGUGCAAGGAUUUCUGCUUGCACAACAGGACUUCCCCCUCCCCCUUCCUCAGGCAUGCCCCAAGCCCUCCCCAGAUCUUUCCUGGAGAGUUGGGGGAACCACUAGAACAGAUUUAGGGAGUGUGCAGGUGGAGGAGAGGGGAGAAUGAUCCAUUGUGUAAGCAGAAACCUUGUGUUGAUGGAACAAGAAAGUUAGAAGUAUGUUGGUUACAAUCCCAUGAAUCAGCUGCACUCCAAACCUUGUUUACCAGGGAUUAAGUUCCACUGACUUCAACCAGACUUGCUUUUGAAUACUCAGGGUUAGGAUUGCAGGUAUUGAGUACUCCAGGUUAGUAUGGGGAAAAUUGCAGAACAAAAAUAAUAAUUCAUACCCCUCAUAGUUUGAGACAAUGAGGCGGAACAGCAACAAAGGAUACUUGAACUGACACCAUAACAAAUGUUUGAAUGGGAAAAAGCAAAUGCUCUCUUGACCAAUGCAUUAUUUUCUCCUAGGGAAAUUGCUUUCCAUGCCCCAGAGAAGGCUGUCCAAUGAUGGGCCACUAUGCUGAUCGGUUCCAUAAUAAACUGAGGAAUAACAACCCAAAGUACUUUUUAGAUACAGCACCUAAGAAGCCAUUUACCAGUAAGUGCACAAAUUAAAGUCAGUUCAGUACAGAUACACAUGUGUGUCAUUGCCGUGAAAUCUGUUGAUAUACAAGACACUUUACAGCAGUCCAUGCAGUGAUCACAGUUUUGGGAAUCAAAACAGGACACAUAGCUGUGAUUUCCCCAUUGUUUUCCAUGCAGAGAAAUGAACACGUUUUCAACUGGAAUCAUUUCCAAGUGCCAACACACUGCAGGGAGGAUUGCUGUGGAUUUUCUUAUCCCAGGUGACCUUGUACAAAGCCCCAAGAAUGUGUUUGAAGUUGCAAGGAACAGAUUACAAAGUUCCUGGUCAAUUUUCUCUCUCUCCAAGUGUGAAACCUUCGAUAGGAAACAUAGAAAGCUGCUUUAUGCUGAGUCAGACCAUUGGUCCAUCUAACUCAGUACAGUCUUCACUAACUAGCUGUUGCUCUUCGGGGUUUCAGACAGAAAUCCUACCUGUAGAUACCAUGGAUAGAACCUGGGACCUCCUGCAUGCAAAGCACGUGUUCUGUCACUGAGCUACAGCAUUUCAAUGUGUGAAAUGAUUAAAGAUCACAUGUCAACAAGCACAGGAAGCAAUCACAUAUGCAUGGAUAAUAUUCACACACCUUCAUGCUGCAAUCCUAAUUAUGCAUAACCAGGAAGCAUAUCUCUCUGACCUCAUUGAGAUUCAUUUCUUAAACAUAAAAUUCCCAUUCCUAAUUAGGAUUGUCUAAUUGGGCAAUGUUGAUGAUCGAGGUACAAAUAAAUGCUGUUUUUCAUGGGCAAAAUACAUGGGGAAAGGCAAUGAAAUACUUCACACAUUUGGGCACUGCACAUUUUUCUUUUUUCCCUUUCUUUUUGCUAGUUUUAUAAUUCAAGGGGGGGGGGAUAACUGGGCCAAAUAUAGCACCAGCUUCUUAACAAUUAAAGAAAUUAAGCUCUUCCCACACUGCAGUGGAUUUAAAAUCAUACACCUUUAAAUUUAUUUUAAUAAUCUAAGCUUCGAACCAACACAGCAACAGUGGCCUGGAUCCAAAUUUCAAGUAAUGAAAGUCUUGUUCAACUCACCUCUUCCCAAAUUUCUUAAAUUAAAGGCUAUUAAAGUAACCACGGUUGCUUUUUCAUUUACCUCAGGCAUGAAUGCUAAAUGCAUAGAAUUCUUCCUCUCUAUUUGCAGUUCUUGCUCUUCCUACUUUCAUAUCUUGAUUCAUUAUAUAUUUAUUGUGUAGGCUGGCUAUAUAAUAUAUCGGUCAAGCUAUCUGGAAUGACAGGCGUGAAGGGAGAAAUGGACAUAGCUUUCCAAAUGAAAGAUGGAAAGACAAAAGAAUACCAAAUUGGGAGGUAUGUUUUAUGAUAUAGUGAAAUAGCAGGUUUUGCAGUUUUGCUCAUACAUGAUUCAAUUAAUCAUCAUUAAACAUGUUUAUAAGUUGUGUGCAGAUAUUUCACAAGUCAGCUGUUCUGUUUAUAUGCUGUGAUGUUAAUGUACACAUAGUUUCGGUUGCCUGUCACCAGGGCUGUCUUAAGCAUAUGCGGCGCCGGGGUGCAAAGAUCCGCCCAGUGCCCCUCCCCAGGUUGCCCAGUCCCAGGCGCGCAGGAGGGCAGAGCCGGCUGGCCGCCUCAGCAUCUCACUGGCUCGGUUGCCCCUGAACUCGUGGUGCAGAGCCGCCCGCAGCAGAAGAGUCCGCCACGGUGCUCUGACCGACGGGCGGGCUCUUCCCCAGAUUCUACUCUUGGGCCCCAGACUCUCAGCCUGGCACCCCUGAGAGCUCAGCGCUCGGGUGCCCCACACCCCUACUGCCUAUGGGUAAGACGGCCCUGCCUGUCACAGUUAAAUAAUUGCAGGUAUGACAGUCCACAGCCUGCUGGUGCUCUGAGGAAUGUAUAGGGCUGCUAUGGACACCAACAAUUUUUAACCUUAAAUAUGGAACCUACUUUUACUCUUUUGACUGUGCCUCUCUCUUUCUCUGUAUGUGUCUUUUGCCACCCCUGCUUCUCUUAAAAGAAAUCCUAAACAAAAACAGAAAGUUGUCAGAUUAGAAAGGAAGCUGUUUCAAUUUAAACUUAUCAUAUGAUGCCUAAAUAACACAAACAACUAAAACAAUUAAAUGAUCAACCAGUCCUUACAAUGAAGAACGGACAGCACUGUAAAAGUUCAGAGCAGAUUUUAUAACACCUUGAUGCCCUCUUUUAGAAGUUGGUAUGUAAUAAUAAUGUGCAACAAUGUCAUGGAUUUAUUGGGUGAUCUUUAACAAGUCAGGCUUUCAGCCUCACCUGCUCAUCCAUCUUGAAAUAUAUGUACGUGAGUGACACGAAAUGUGAAUGAGCAACAAUAAUUCUGCAGAUUACCUGACUAUUAAAUUGACAAUUGCAAAGCACAACUGUUAUAUUGAUGCUCUCUAAUGACUUUCAUUGCUUGCCCAUUUUCAGUGGCAGCCUUAACCAAGGGCAAACCUACUCAAAGCUCAUCAGUGUCGAAAUUAAUCCUGUAAAAGCUUCAAGAGUUGAAUUUAUUUGGCAUAAGAAGAUCUUCACUUCAUUCUGGGCUAAACUGGGAGCUGAAAGAGUGCGCCUAGUCCGUGGAAAGGAUGGGCAUGAGUAAGUAUGGCUAUUCUGAAUGUUUUGAUUUCAUGAUUUAUACCAUCAGGGGCAGGAGGUGUCGUAAUCCGGGCAGCCCAGGACCUCCAUGCAAACUGCCCUGGCUUAUGCCCUAGAGAGGUCACUUUGGUGCUGUGAAUGCAGCAAAAACAAUGCAGGAGGCAGAAAUUACAAGUUACCAGUCCCUGCAGUCACAGCAUCCACUGAGAUUCUUCCGUAGUCAAGGCCAGAGCUCCCCAUUCCUGCUUUAAAGACUACUUGAAUGAUUAACAAUUCUGUUGGAACAAACCACAACUUUCCAGUUGAGAAAAUCAUGUACAUUCCUUAACUUACCAGUCUUAUGCUCACACUUGGCUAUCUCUGCUUCUUUUCAACAUUCAGCGAAAUAUAUUGAGGAGGGGCAAGAAAAACUUAUUGGAAGUGAGAGAUUUAUUGACAUGGUGGUUUCUGCCUUUUCUCUCCCAGAUCCUUCUUUUGUGGCAGUGGGACAGCAACACAUGGAGUUCCUCAAAUACUUACACCUUGCUGAGCAUUAAAAGGAAGCAGAUUAUGUAUAUGUAAACUACAAGAACAUAGAACUGCUUUUUUCACUUGGCCACUGAAAGAGCUUGAAGGUUUGAAACAUAGUUGUGCUUCUUUCUUAGUCUGCUCUGUGCAAAAUCAUGGUUUGUUUUUAAAACAAGAAGUCAUUAUUAUAAUUUCUAUCUGCUUCUAAAUACAUGAAAGUACUGUAGACAUAAAAAAUGGAUGUUUUGAUGUAUGCUGGGAGUUCAUUCCAGAUCCAGAACUGAAUUGAUUGAAUUGAUAUGUCCAAAUGGUGAAAUGUGUGUGCGUGUGUGUAUUUAUAUGUGUAUGUUUAAUAGGAAUCUGUUGCUCACAUUUCUACAGAGACAUCCCACCUCACAUUUUGAGCAUCAAGUAGCAAAGCAUGAUAUGUACAUAACAAUAGCUGCUCCAGACUAUAUUGAACCCUCAUACAAAAUAUUGUAUUUAGUGCUUCGUAGAGAUGGUAUAUUAUUUUCUGUUACAAUAGCUGUGUGCCUUUUAGCUGAAGAGCAGGGGUAUGUAUGCAUUUUUUGUCAGACUAAUUAAUGAAUGGCUGCAAAAAAAAACCACCCAC